GGCCGGUUGUCGUAGCCGCGUCCGCGGAGGGCCGGUGCCGGCUUGUGGGGGUGGCAAGAUGUGUGCUCCAUGGAAAGUUGGAGUCUGCCCGUGUAGGCCCAGGGGUGGGGCUGCCUCAAAUUUGUUUCAUCUUCUGCUUAGGGACACCCCACCUGUCAUUGAAGGGAAACGGAGGCCUCUGCUGGUCGCCCCCGGCGUUAGGGGCUCAGAAAUCCGACACCAGAAGGAGAUACAUUGAGGCUGGCUGUGCCCCCCCCCCCAAGGACCUCCCCGAAGGCACCGCCAGGAAUGCCCAGAGUCCCAUUCGAGCCAUUUGGAAGGGGAAAGGAGUUAAGAAAAUGAGGCAGAAGGAAGUGUUGGCCAAGACCUUCCAAGGCCCAGCUGUUGUCUGUAGGACUCCAAACAGCCACGUUUACAUGUUCAAGGAUGGCAGUGGGGACUCUGAGGACUCCUCUGAGGAAGAGUCACAUCAUGUGGUGUUACGACCCCGAGGCAAGGAGCGCCAGAAGAACAGCAUCCAACACCCUCAGCAUCCCAGAGCAGGCAACAUAGUUCUGCUGCAGCGCGAGCUGGCUCAGGAGGACAGCCUCAACAAGCUGGCUCUCCAGUAUGGCUGCAAAGUCGCAGAUAUCAAGAAAGUGAACAACCUCAUCAGAGAACAAGACCUGUAUGCUUUGAAGUCGAUCAAGAUUCCGGUGAGAAGUCAUGGGAUUCUCACAGAGAGCCACCAAGAGCUGACCCCCUUGACGGGCCCGUCCUUCGAGGCCGGGGUGACCCUGGUGGAACUGCCUGAAGAUGAAGAUGCCGCUGGGCCAACUGCUCAGGGGAACCAACUGACGGAUUUCUUUAAGGGAAUUGAUGAGAACAUCGAGCGGGCUGCGCAGUCUGACGUCUUCCACAGUGGCAGCUGCUGUGUGGAGGCCCUAGAUGAGCCGCUGCUCCCCACAACCCGGAAGCCACCAGCAGACGGUGCAGACUGCGGGAUUCAGUGGUGGAAUGCUGUCUCCCUCGUGCUUCUCAUUGGGAUUGUGUUGCCAGUGUUUUAUCUCGUCUACUUUAAAAUACAAGCCCCCGGGGAAGCCUCGAGUAGCUUGAAUGCAACUGUUGUCCCCAAUGGCUCGAUGACACUGAGCCCAGUCCCAGGGCAAGCCCCCAAUUUGCCAAUUCCAGUGCCCACCCUCUCCUCUUUGGACAGCCAGGUCAGCUCAACCAGCCAGGCAGGGGCCUGAGCUCAUCUAUUCUAGAAUUGGCAAUGCUUUGGCAAGUGGCUCUUGAUGUAUGUAGCUGUCACUGGCUGUUUGCUGGGAGUGUUGCAUUUUGUUUCCUGGGAUGUAUGGACAUUAAAGAAGUUGUCAUGUCAGUCUGGAUUGUAUGGACUGAGGAAUGGCCUGGCCUAACCCAAGGAUGCAGGAGUCCCGACAUCACCAUUGCAGCAAGAGAGACAUUUGCAUGAAAUUAGUGGCUGUUUCUUGAAGACGUGAGGUCCUGUGUAGCCACUCUGUGCGGGCUCCUAAGUAGAGCAUGACAAAGCAUCUCAAAUGACUGUCACAGUGUCCCUGCCUGCUAAGGAUAGGGGUGGGCUCAGAGACAUGUCCUAUGUCUGGGUAGACCAAGGUGCUAUGCAGUAUGUCAUCGAGUUUUAGAGUGACAAAUUGCAAUUGUGACAGCCUGGCACAUUUGCCUCUUCAUUUGGCCCCAUUGAGGCAGUGUCACCAGAAGUCAGAGAAAGUCCCAGAUCCAAACUGCCAUCCUUUGAUUUAAGCUGCCAUUUGGUCCCUCACACUGUUGGAGCUUUAUGGCCACACAUGGCAUAUCUUAAGCCAGACACCAGGGCCACCUCUCACAUUCACACUAGAAGCAUCAUCUCUGGUGAUGGCUCCCUGUUGCUAUUAUUGGCAAGUAGUUUGAAGGGGCUACAUCUGACAUUGAGGUUCUAACACAUGUGCCUCUGAGGCCAACCCUGACCCUCUGAGGUCAGACCAGUGUUGCCAAGAACAGUAGGGCUCCACCCCCCACCCCCACCCCCAUUUUAUCUGUGUGUGCCCGGAGCAGAGUCUUCUUCCUGCUGCACCCAUGACUUUUUUUGGGUAAUGUCCUUAACUUCCAGAUUCUAUGUCUCAGUGUUAAAAACCAGACAUGAUGCCAGUCAUCUUUCUGUUACUGUUCAAAAUAAUCUUAAGGAGGAAAGGUUCAUCUUGGCUUCAAGUUUCAGUCUGUGGCCUGAUCUGGGGGUGUCUACGGUAAGGACACACAUCAUGGAGGAGGAGAGUGUGUUGUGGAACAAAUUGUUCAUGAGACCAGAAAGGGAGGGAGAGACAAGGAGCCUGUCAUACCGCAGUGGGGACCUUCCUCCCACUAGAUCCUAUUUCUUAAUGCUUCCACUCCUCCCCAAUGCCAAGGUGAGGACCUUGCCUUUGGGGGACAUCCAAACCCCAAAGGGGUGGGUGACUCUGGCUGUGAAAGGUUAAUAAAAGCCAGGGCAAGACACCAGGGAGUGGAUGAUGCCCAAGGCUUUCUGAGGCACUCCCUGGGGGGCAGUAGCCCUCAGUGUGCUGACGGGGCAUGGGAGGAAGGGAUAAGUCAACUUGCCCUGUCACAGCAGGUUGCUCCAGUGGCGAGCAUGGGGACACUCAGGCCACUUGACACUUAGGCCUGGAAAUCCGAUCAGAGGGUUAGAGGCCUUGAGCCAGUUGUUCAGUCAGGAAAACGACCUGCCCAGGGUGCAUAUAACAAACUUAAAUCAACUGCAGAAUUAAAGAAACCCAUGGAUCUUGAUACACUAAUAUCGAUCAUGCUAAGUGAUUUCUGUCCUUCUGUCUGGAUGCUCAUGACCAUUGUGGCUGUGAAGUUUCUCUUAGAUGUUGUCACCAGUAACUUCAGCAGGCAGGACUCAGAGUCCCAUGGGAGAACCACUUUUGCCAGACAAAGAAUGUCAAUUUUUUCCCCCCGUAUUCUGUCUCAAGUGUUGGGGACUGACUGUGACUGCCUGUGCAUGGUCCUGUGGAGGCUCCUAAGUAAAGCAUGACGAGGGAUCUGAAGUGUCAGUGGCCCUGGGGUUGGAUGGCAUCAGAUAACUGUUACAGUGACCCUGCCUGCAAACAGUGGGGGUGGGCUUGGCUCAGAGAUGCCUUCUGUGUUUGGGUAAACCAAGGUGCUAUGCAAUAGUAUCAGUAUGUCACUGAGUUUUAGACAAGUUACAGCUGUAACUUGUAUUUUCUGUGUUUUUCUCAAGUGGAAUAAAAUAUUUCUUCUGUGAAGGAAA